AUGGGCGAUUGUCCCACGAGAUGUGUGUGUGACGCUUCUAAAUCAGUACAGUGCUACAGAGUUACGACUGUGCCUAAAGCCAUCCCUACGGAUACCAGAAAACUCCACCUCGGACACAACAACAUCAAGCAGCUGCGGGCAUCUGAUUUUGGUGGACUUAAUGGAAUUGAAGAGCUAGCACUGUCUUCUUGUGGAAUGGAAGCAACAGAGGCAUACACAUUUUCAACAUUAACAAAUCUCAGAACAUUAGAACUAUGGAAAAACAAGCUGAAACAAGUCCCCAGUAAACUUCCCUCCAAUGUUGAAGUGCUAAAACUGGGUAACAACCGGAUUCAGGCCUUGUGUGAAGCUGAUUUUGAAGGUUUGGCAAAACUGAAGGUCCUUGAUCUUCAAAACAAUAAGAUCUCCAUAAUUCAUUCCAGUGUUUUGUCAUCUGCUGUCAGUUUAGAAAGUCUUAUUUUGGAUAGUAAUAGACUUGAGUUGUUAUCAGGACCAUUAAAGCUUGCUUACCUGAAACGUUUAAGCAUGCAGAAUAACAGACUCUCUUCACUUCCCUUGAAUUUCUUCAACUUCUUACCAUCUCUACGCUUUCUUAGUUUGUCGGGAAACAAAUUUUUGAAGAUUCCGCAAGGAAUGCCACCACCAUUAUUGUCUUUAAAGAUGGAUAAAAAUUUGAUCAGCGAAUUGGAAAUGCAAGAUUUAAACUACCUCAGUCACCUGUUUGAGCUCUCCCUUUCUGAAAAUCAAAUUUCUACAGCUAAUAAUGCGCUGACUUUGUCGAACUUAUCUACAGUGGAUCUGUCCAAAAACCAGCUGAAGGCAAUACCUGCUGGUCUCCCAUCACAUCUGCGAAUGUUGGAUUGUAGCCACAACUUCAUACAAAAGAUUACACUGCAAGAAUUCUCUGGAGUAUGUGGGCUCAAACAUUUGUUUCUGGAGUACAACAACAUUACCAACAUCGACCUAGAUGCACUGCAGCACUGUUUACAACUUUCCGAUCUAGCAUUGGAGCAAAAUCAUCUGUCAUCUUUUCCAAAAGGGCUCCCUGUUACUCUUGUAAGGCUAGACUUGAAAGGAAACAACAUACAGGACAUUUGCAAGGAGACAGUAAAAAAUCUGAAGCGGCUGCAAGUUCUAAACCUGCGUAAUAACAAAUUGUCAUCUCUAAACCCAGAAGUGUUUACAUACGUCCCUCGCCUCAGGCAGCUUUAUUUAGAUGGAAACCCAUGGAACUGUACAUGUGAUCUCAUUAGAAUAAGGGAUUUAUUAACUGCUAAACAAUUGGAGAUUAAAAGUGGCAACUGUGCAACCCCAGCCUAUUAUCAAGGUGAGAACUGGCUAUCUUCUACCAAGAUUCUGAACAGCUGUGGAUAUAAUAUUUGGCAUAGCGUGAGAGGAAAAUCAUUUCUUGCAAGCUAUGCCAAAGUAGCACAGAAUCAUGACAGCUCAAACAUCAAUGGUCCAACUGAUUAUGAAGAUUAUUAUGACUAUGAUACUUAUUGA